CUGGAGCGCGGUCCGGGAGAUAUAAUUUUUCCUGAAAACCAGGGGGCUCGUAGUCAUCUAUCCAGGACAGCUGGUGAGUACCUGAUAAAAAUGGCCGAUCGAUCCCAAGAACUAAAGUUGGCGCCAACAUCUGCUCCAUCCACCUCAACCAGCCAAAAACCGGCAAGGAAACCUGUUAUUAAGACUGUUAAACAAACAUCUACCAAAACAGCACUAACACCAACAAAACAGAGGACUUUAAGGCAGAAGGUCCUUACCAAACAGCGACGAGAAACCUCCAAGGAGAGGAAGACCUAG